UACAAUAGCUCCAGCGGUAUAUGUUCUUAUCCUGCUUUAACCAAAUUUACAAAUUUAACACUUGCAUAAAAUUAAGAGGCUCUGAAGCGUGAUUUCAAUAUUACUAUAAGUGCAGAUCAAAAAGCGAGCCUCAUCAUCUUAUGGUAAACCAUGGCGGCACAACAAUUUACCGUGGAUAGACCGGAAAGAUCCUGUGGGAAUUUUUCGGAAUCGAUAAAAAAGUCAGACGCAAUUAAUUCUAACCGCUCAGCUAUGACCAAAUCAGUUGCGGAAUCAACUAGCGGUUCCGGUGACAGCAGUAAAUGUCCACCUACCGAUAUCCGUAACGCCGUAGCGUCUAUUAUGCAUGGUUAUGACUGGACAUCAAUCCCCUUACCGACCCGCCAAACUCCGGGAGAGAAACGCAUUCCCCACGUCAAGAGACCGAUGAACGCAUUUAUGGUAUGGGCACAGGCGGCGCGGAAAGAACUGGCCGAAAAGCAUCCUCAUCUGCACAACGCGGAGUUAUCAAAAACACUGGGGAUUCUAUGGAGGCAAACCGACGACGACAAGAAGCGCGUAUUUAUUGAAACAGCCGAAUAUUUACGCCUGCAGCACAAGAAAGACCAUCCCGACUAUAAAUAUCAGCCGCGCCGUCGGAAAACAAGCAAACGCUCCACAACUGAUAUUGCAUCCGGAAACGACGACAACGGCCAUCUGGCUGGCAGUGAGAAGUCGUCAAAAGCAGUAAAAAAACAGCGCAAAAUAUACACAUCACUCAGCAAUGUUUAUGACGCCGUCCAAGAGCGCGAUGCCUGCACACCGACAUCGUCAUUGUCCAAUAGCUCGCACGAAUCAGCCAAUUCCCCCGCAGCACUGACAUCGCAGCAUCCACCUGUAACGGAUGUCCUCUCUCUCAUGAUGACCUCCCCGCCAUCUAAGCACAUCUUUCCAACCGGCGCCGCACCGUCAAACUGUUUUGACGCUAGCAGUCUAAUCAAACGGAACGCAUAUGUCCGUGAGGAAAAAAACGGCCUCAAUGAUUUACCACCACCACCAAAUCAUCAUCAGCCAAUGGAAUUUUUCACCACAGCCAGUUGCAGCUACCAAAAUUCCGCGCAUUUGACACCAGCAGCAGCCGGUCCGCUCGACGGCAAUCUAAACGCUCCGUCAAUGGACAAUUUGGAUGAUGGGGAAUUUGAACGCUACUUUACACCGGUGCAAAUGGAUAAAGGUCACUUUGGAUCCAAUACCGUCACCAACUGGAUGGGUCGGUAUUGCUAUCCCAGCGAACAGUACAGCAACAAAUUCCCUACGGAAAUGGAGAAGAAUUGCAGCGAUGUUCCUCCCAAUGCCAUGUACAUCCACAAUAAUCGCCAUUCAGGACAGUGUUUCGGAAAUUUUCAUCCGAACAUGCUGAGCGAACCGCAACCAGUAGUGCACACAUUGUAUACUCACAUUGCCGAACUGCCACUAACGCGAUCUGGACCGCCUGCCAGCAGUGCCGACUGCUCGCAGUUGUUUCCAGCAGCUUCAAUGAAAAUUGUUCGUAGUAAGGAAGAAGCAUACGAUUACCUUUUCAAAGUCGUCAUCAUUGGAGACUCCGGAGUAGGAAAAAGUAAUCUUCUUUCAAGAUUCACGAAAAAUGAAUUCAACCACGAAUACAAUAUACGAAGUACAAUCGGAGUGGAAUUCGCUGCUCGAAUUGUUGAAAUAGAGGGACACCUGAUAAAGGCGCAGUUCUGGGAUACAGCCGGUCAGGAAAGAUUCCGUGCAAUAGGCAGCGCAUAUUACCGCGGAGCAAUGGGUGCCCUUCUAGUGUUUGAUAUAACGAAUUUUUCCUCAUUUGAUAACGCUGACGCUUGGCUUAAAGAUUUUCGCAAUUCAACAAGUGAUGAUGUUGUUGUUAUGCUUAUUGGGAAUAAAAGUGACCUUCAGGCCAGAAGAACAGUAUCGACUCAGCAAGCCCUGGCAUAUGCAGAUCGUAAAGGAAUAUCUUACAUGGAAACGUCUGCACGCGACACAGCCUACGUGGAGAAAGCAUUUUUUGCGCUAUUAACAGACAUCUAUCACAGAUUUGUACUAAAGCUCCACCAGUCACGCAGUGUGUUGUUAACGGAUACUGUUAUUCUGAACAGUAAUUCUAAUACCGGAAAGCAACCCGAUUUAGGCGCCGGUGACCAGUCUCAAAACAACGCAUCUAAAAAAUGCUGUUGAAAAAAUAUAAAAAAAAUUAAAACAACAA